GUGUAUCAAUAAUACGGACUUGGUCUCAAACAUCAUGCACGGUGUCAGGAGAGCUCGUCAAACUCAAGAGGCCCUCGAAGCCAAGAGACUCAAAGAUGAAUCCAAACUCCGGGAUUAUCUUGCUUUGAGUGAUGAUGUUCUUGCCAGAAAGAAACAGAAGGACUGGUCUCGAGAAGCUUUGCGGGCUACCACUCAACUGCUGCAAGUCAAUCCUGAAUUCUACACUAUAUGGAACUAUCGACGGCAUAUUCUCGUCAACGGUAUAUUUCCGGAGAGUACCCCGGAGCAAAUUCAAGAUCUUCUCAAAGAUGACCUAUCGUUGACUAUGGCCGCACUAAAGAUUCAUCCUAAGGUGUACUGGAUUUGGACCCACCGUGGAUGGUGUCUCAACAAUGUCCCUAGUGGACCGGGCGUCGACGGUGAAGGGGAUCCUCGCGGAUGGGAGAAGGAAUUGUGGAAUCAAGAGUUGUUCGUAGUCGAGAAAUUACUAGAUGCAGAUCCGAGGAACUUUCAUGCUUGGAGCUACAGAAGGGUUGUGCUCGCUAGCCUGCCCGUUUCUAAACCAGAAACUUCUGAGUUGGCUUACACCACUCGAAAAAUCGAGUCCAACUUCUCAAACUUCAGCGCUUGGCACCAACGCUCAAAAGUUCUCUCUUCUCUGUGGUCGACAGGUCGGCUAGAUCAGACCAAGUCCAAGGAAGAAGAGUUUGAUCUCGUACAAAACGCAAUGUAUACAGACCCAAGAGAUCAAAGCGUCUGGAUAUAUCAUCGAUGGCUCAUUGGCUCAGGCGAUAACAAAGAGAUUCUAGACCGCGAAAUCGCAGUCAUACAGAGUCUAUUGGAGGAAGAAACGCAUAGUAAAUGGUGCAUGGAGUCUUUAGUUCAUUACAAGCGACUCUUACUUCACAACCACGCUGCCCUCGUAGACAAAUCCGCUUUGACGCGCGAUUGUAUUCAUCUUCUCGAACAGCUUCGUAAAGUGGAUCCGGGUAGAAGAGCUCGUUAUGAUGAGAUCGAGUUAGAAAUAACUCGGCUGUAGGCGGGCUUACUCCCGCAGUAAUUUUUACAAUAAAUGGGGCAAUUCAUUUGGUUUAUGGUUUAUGAGUAUUUAUCAUACAGACAAGAAAUGGAUCCUCUUCAUAGACGAGAGACAACAGUACAAGCAUGUCAACUGGUGUGCAAUGCUUUCAGCACUUGCACUCAUUAGGCUGGCAGGCGCAGCUGUUGAAAAACAUGGUGAGAGCAGUUACAAUCAUGACAACAAUAAGUAACUCGCGAGUCGCCGCAGCUGCAGCUGCUACUGCCACAGUUGGCUUGAGAAACGGGAGUCUGAGUGGUAGUGGACAUUGUGAUGGUGAGAAGAAUCAAGUUGGUACAAUUUCGAAGUGGGUUAAACUUGG